GGGCAAAAGAGAGGGCAGACUUUAUCAUUGUACACCCCAAAUCUUCUAAUUAAGGAUGUAAUAAGCAGAACUCAGCACAUUUUCUCUCUCACGAAACGUAUCCCCCCUGCAAAUCUUUCCAUAUUCUUCCUCCAUCUAUCAAACCUUAAAUACUUCAUACUUACAGAUCUCUCAGUCUACUUGCAAAAAAAGGAGCAAACUUGUUCACAUUUCUUAUCAGAAAAUUUAUACAUUCUUUUGAAUUUUGCUGGGUUGGUUGAGAAUUUGAGAAGAGAUGGAGUUUUGAAGAGAGGGUUGGGUUUGCAUGGAUGGAUAGUUAGGUAUGUAAGUUGAAAGAUUGUUUUUUUUGAUAAUGGGUGUGAUGAUAAAUCCUUCGUUUAUAUCUCUUAUGUUAUGUAAUGGUGAAAAUCAAUACAUGGGGUCAUUGAGAAAGUUGAUUUUCAAUGUGGGUUUUGGAUUCGCAGAUAUUUGGUUCUGCCCUAGAUAGUAUUUUCGAAUGUGAGGGGUGUUUGUGAAGAACUCAAAUUCUUGAUUUCGGAAGUGAGAUUUUUUAUUUUUAUUUUUGGAAAUUUGAUUGGUUUUAUUUAUAUAAAGGAGAUUUUGAUUUAUAGAUGGAAUUAUUGGAACUUUAUUUACUGAGCUGGAUCUGUAAAUUCUUAUGCUGGAUUUAUUGAGAGGAGUUUAAUUUUAAGGGAAUUCAGUUUUGGAAUUUCCAACAGAGACUAGUGUAGUGUGUUGGUAUUUGUUUUAUUUGUUUGGAUUUUGUGUGGUGGUGGUGGUGGUGGUAAUGUCUGGUGGAACCCCAGUUGCUGGUGGUGGAUUAAUGAGGCAGAGACAUAGUCAAGGAGGAUAUGCUUCUAGUGGAGAUGAUCUUGAAGAUGAUGCAUGUUCAAGAAUGGUAACACCGAAUGCUCAAAUUCCUAGGGCAAGAACAUGGGUUGAGGUUUUGGAGAAUGUUCUUUGGAUUGCUUCUGCGGUUUUCGUUGUUUAUUUUGGCGAUAGACACUCCAAUUUCAUAUAUCUGCUGUGCCAUGAUAAUCGAAUUAGAAGGGUGCCUUUAUACUUAGGAAUGGUGGGUGUCAUUUUGAAUAUGGGGAUCUUCUUUUACACUGGUCUUCUAGCAUGGGGUAUCAGGAGAUCUGAUGAUAAAUGGGAAAUGCUAACUCCAUCCGUUGCUCCAUUUGUCACCCUGUGUGGCUUAUUUUCCUUUUGCUUGUUCACAUUUGCUUUGUGGCCGAUUUGGAGUUUCUUAACCCUUCCUCUUCUGUUCACGUUAUUUAUGGCUUGUAUGGUUAUAAUUCCAUACCUAACUAUCAGAACAUUCAGACCACAGUCAGAUUUGUUACGUACAGACUAAGCUUCCUUCAGUGCCCGUGGGUGGUCUGAUCCUCCAGAUUAAGCUUCAUCUUCCAGUGCUUGCCUUGCACUAUAGAAAGAUUAAAAUCCAGAGAAGCUGUUGCCAAGAGGUUUGCUCGGGGUUUCUCCCAAAUCUAACUCCAUGAUGUAAAAAAACAACAACCUUGAUAUGUCAUUUGACACAGUUUUGAAAUUGAUAUCUUUGGGGAAAUUUAUAUCCCUUCAAUGGAGCUUUUGUUAUACAUG